AUGAAGAAUAUAAACAAAUACACGAAAAUUAAAAAUUUUAGUUUACUAACAUAUUAUGCGUUAGUUGUGAUAAGAAUUGUGCUUGUUUUUAUCCCUCAAUAUGGAUACAUCCAUCCUGAUGAAUUUUUCCAAACAUCUGAAGUUAUUUCCGGUGAAACAUUCCAACUAGAGGCAACACGAACUUGGGAAUUUAACACUACAAUGCCAAUUAGAAGCUACGCAAUUCCGUUUUUUUACUUAAGGAUUCCAAUGGCGAUUUUUAGAAUAUUUUCAACUUUCUCAAGAAUUAUUUUAAACUUCGAUCUUCUGUCAAGCUAUACAUUAUUAGUUUUUCCUCGAGUCAUCAUGUGCAUCCUUUCGUUCGUCAACGAUUUCAGUGUCUUCAAAAUAUGUAGUUUAUAUAACUUAAAGUAUGACAUUCGGUUGAUGGCUCUAGCAAGUUCCGGUGUGAUGCUAACAUUCGGCAUCCGUUCGUUCUCGAACUCAGUUGAAAUGUUGUUGUGCUCGUUACUUCUUUAUUUUGUCAGUGAUUCCAUGAUUCUUUCAAAUACCGUGAUAUAUCAAAAAGAGUAUCUGGAAGAGAAAUAUGAAAAAGCUAAGAAAGUUGGCGAACGUGUCAAAUACUUUAAGAUGAAAAUGUCAUUGCCUCAGCAUUCCUACAACAAUUUUGCAAUUCUCUCAACGAUUUGCAUCGUAGGAAUUUUCAACCGUCCAACUUUCAUGUUAUUUGGUUUUCCAACUAUUUUCCAUUGGAUGAUUCGAGGAUUCGGCACACGUUCUGUAACCUUCUUUGAUUUCAACAUUCGAAUGCUGCUUUUCAUAAUAAGUGGACUACCAACUCUUUUUGUCAUCAUCAUUAUUGAUUCACUUUAUUACGGUUACUUGUCGCUAGCGCAAAUUUACAUCAUGGAUGUAAAAAUUGAAAGUUUUCUUGUGACACCGGUGAACUUUUUUCGCUAUAAUCUCAUUCCGGAGAACACAGCCAAACAUGGUGAACAUCCGAAAUGGCUUCACAUGCUCAUCAAUAUUCCUUUGCUUUAUAACGUACUUGGAAUUAUCGCAGUCUUUACCUUCGGUUCAAUGUUCUACAAAUUUUGUAAGAAAGAAUUCAAUAACCUGCCUCAUUCUCAAUCAUUUGUUUCGUUAAUGACGAGUGCUGUCUUCGCUCCUGUGCUUCUACUAUCAUUAUUCAACCAUCAAGAGCCGAGAUUUAUUAUUCCAAUAACAGUUCCACUCAUUAUGCUUCACGCUCCUAAGCUUAUCACUGGAAUCAACGUUACAAGCUUCUUGAAAGAAUCGAAAUGGAAUGUUGCUAAAUUUUUAUCUAAUUACAUUGACAUUACAAUUAGUGGAAAAAUUAUCCUUCGUUUAUGGUUCUUAGCGAAUGUAAUGUUCACUCUUUUCUUUGGAUUUAUUCACCAAGCUGGUGUCGUUCAACUUGCUGACUACUUUUCCAAAUACCAUCAAAUGCAACCGUCGUCAAAGCAAAUUCAUCUUGUCACAAGUCACAUUUACAAACUUCCUGAAUCUCUUCUUAUUCUUCCACAUGCAAGCUCCCUUUACACGAAUCCACAAACAGGUCAAACGUAUAAAAUGAAGCGACGGUUCUUCAUUCAUGAAUAUGGAGGAUUGAAGAUGGAGGAAAUGUUUAAGAAGACGAAACUCCUAUCAGAUGUUGCGGAAAAUCGCAUGACAACAAAGAAUAUAAAUUACGACUUGUUCGUUGCUGUUCCAACAAGUAAAGCUUUUGAGCUUAAUCAAAUUUUUCACAAGCAUCGCGGAAUUUUCAGCUUCAAAGAAGAAAGAAUUUUCUACCCGCAUUUGUCGACUGAAGCGUUUCCAAACAUCCAUCAAGUUUUCCACCCGUGUGAAAUUGAUAUCGUUGAUGAAAAUGAGUUUGAUGAACAAUGUGUAGAAGAUGAAGUGCUGUUGUCUUCAGCGGUUUGGACGCGUAAAUUUACAUCAAUAGCUCAACAAUUUGGGCUUGUCGUGUAUAAAAUAGAAGUAAAGCACAAAAGUUUCUGAACAAGAAAACGAAAAACUUCUUUGAAUGAUCGUCUAGUCGAAAAACUAUGAGCAUUAAUUUCACUUUAACAAUGAACAGGUGUUUUAUCUAUCGAAACUUUUUAUUUAACUCCCUUUUUGCUUUCUAAUGCCAGAGUUGUUAAUUUGUUAAAGUAAUUUUAAGGUUGACAAAAUUUAAGAAAAAGAUAAAACGAAAUAAAAAAAAUUCACGUUUUAGA